AUGGACGAGGUUACUUUCACGAGGCAGAUUUGUGCUAGGAUGGUGAAGACUGGCAGAUUUAUUGAGCAAGGAUUCUUCAACGUGAAGCCCCCGACCGGCCCCAAGAACGAAGCGUGGCUGCGGAAGGCUCAGUCACUUCGCUCCGUGGUCGACCAGUUCUGGAAGCUCAUAGGGGAAGCUGUGGAGUUCAAAUUCAUCUCACACUGCCGUUAUAAGCUCAGCCAGGAGGAGAUCAAGAGCAUACUGGACAUCACGAACCCCUCCUUGAAGCCUGAAUACGCCGCCGCAGUGGCGAGGGAAGAGGCUCAAGUGACGGGGAACGCGGAGAGACAAAGUGCGCCUGUCCCCGACGUAUUCAUCAACAGGGACGCACAGCCCCAGAGUCUCGGCUUGGAGACCCUUACGAUCCGCGAGCCCAAGGUCAAAACUCGUCCGGACAGGGCCGGUGAGAUUGACGAGGCCGCCCAAGAGACGGAGAACACUGAAGAAGCGCCGGUCGAACCGGAGCCUGCGAAGAUCCCCGUCUCCGAAAGAACGCUCAAGCUCGUCAAUCUCAUGUAUCCGGUCACCGGGGAGCACGAAGGCAAGGAUGUGUUGUGGGAUGAGCUGGUUCAUGCCAUGGUUGACGCCGGGUUUGUGGCGAGCAACAACGGCGGAUCUGCGGUCCGUUUCGAGAUCGGUACUGGGGUGAACGGAGUGGACAGCGGCUCGAUCAUCUUCCACAAGCCGCACCCUGUGGCCAAGAUCGAUCCGAUCAUGCUGCGCAGUAUGGGACGACGUAUGACGAAGUGGUUCGGCUGGAAUCGAGAGCGUUUCGUCGCCAGGUAG